AUGUCUACAAAAUCAGCGACAACCACCCGCGUUGUUGCCACCACCCCUGCUGCUGGUGCAACCACCACUGCUGGUGCACAACCGACCCCCGUCUACAACAUCCCCGGCGUCCCUGCCGCCGGCAACGGUACCAUCUUCAACCUUCCCACCGGCACCUCCCCCUUCACCUACCCGGCCCUCCCCUCCGGAGCCAGCGGCCCCAAUUCACCCAACUACCAGCAGGGCCAAACCCCUUCCUCUUCCACCUCUAAUUCAAACAUCCCCAUGAUCGUCGGUGUCACCGUCGCCGCUGUCGUCGUCCUAACAGUGUUCGGUCUCGUCCUCCAACGCUACCGCGCCCGCUCCCGCACCAACACCAUCAACUCGUACCAAUCCCGUUCCCGCAACAAGAACAACCAACCCAACCCCUCGUCCUCUUCUGCUGGCCACAUGAGCGACGAAGACCGUGGAGAUAAAGCCAAGCUCGCCAAAUCCUUCACGAUCCGCAAACCCCCAAGCGUCUAUGUCGAUGACGACCAGGAUCUCGAUCAAACAGGCCAUCCCCGCUACAAGAGCGCAUCCGAUGCCCUCAACCACCCCUACUACGGCGUCAACGACCGCCCGACCCCCGGAUUGGUCGAGUACGAGCUUUCGGAUACGAGUGGUCAAAAAUACGGUCCCAGCAGUGUUGCAGAGCGCAAGCGAUAUGUAGAGCAGCAACAACGCAAGGUCAUGGAUGAGUACGAGAUGUUCAAUCCUCACAAGGACCCUCCCCCAGCCUCUCCAUACCCGGCCUCGCCAUACCCAGGCUCGCCAUACCCGGCCUCGAACUUUACCUCAGCUCCCUCGUAUACCUCUGGCCCCAUAUCGCCAACGAUGGCGCCUUCGCUGACACCGUCCAUGGGCGGACGGAGCCCAAGAGUGCAUCAUCAGCAUCCCAGCCAGUCACCCACGCCCUACGGACGCUCGAUGCAACAGCAGAUGGACAACGACUACCAGUAUUGA